AUGUCCGACAGCCAUAGCGAAGUCGGCUCGGAGGUCUCGCUGCCCAGCACUGCGGCGACCAACGAGCUGCUCUACGAUUACGACCAGUGUAUCGCCGCCCUCGAAGGAACAAGCGUCCCAGUUGAUCUCACCUCGGCCGCUGCACGCUGUGCCGUAAUCCGAGGCCUGCGCUGCUCCUACGACUUCGCAGUCAGCCCAGACAUAGUCGAUCUGUGCGCUUCACUGCAAUUUCCGGAAUUUGUUCGCGCACGCAAUGCCCGGCUUAUCAUGAGCAACGUGGUUCCGGAUGGUCUUGAACACCCCGAGUCCCAGCCAUACUGUAUCUGGAACCCGGACUUUGCCACAGAGCAGACCUAUCGCCAGGUUGCGCAACGGUACCCUGCUAUGCGCUAUCAGGUCGGCCGUGCCUGUGCCGCCGCUGGAUAUCUUACGCUGUAUACGGAGCUCAAACUCCUUCCUGAUGUCUCCAUUGCUGAAGAAGCUCGGGAGGGCAAUACCGAAGGGGGAGGUCAAAUCUACCAGUCGAUCAUGUCUUCACCACUGAAAUAUGCCGUGAUGGAUGAUUAUACACGCUCAAUUAACGCGGAAAGCCCGCCGCAUCCUGCCUUCCUCAAUGCCGACACACAUGUUCGCUGGAAGUUACAGUGGCGGUUCACGCCCGCAGAGGAUGCCACGGAGGACUUUGGGCCUGAGGAAAUCGAUAUUGAAGAGGAUCGGUACAUGGGCCUCGAAAGGGAAGAGCCAGACAAGUCUCGCUACGAUGAACUGAAUCCGCAAGAGGCGACGCUUCUCUGGCAGCCUCUGCCUCUCGAUCUACCAACGAUGAAAAAAGAUCUGCUCCGUCAAAUGGCCGCCUUUGAAGGAAGCGUGGACCGAUAUGACAGGCUUAUGAACCGCCGAUCUCGGGUAGAAAUUGACUCACUCGAGAUCCUCUGCGUCGUGCGUGGCAUCUAUCACCACACGAUGUUCGCGCGGUGGUGGCAGCACCAGCUCGACACGGGCGCUUUCCAAGACCGAAUGACCAAAGAAGAGCGGGACAAGAUCCAAACCGCCAUUAAUGCCCGCCGAGUCAUGAUCAACGAGAUUGGAACCUUCACCGACGACACCCCCUGCAAGCCGUGGCUGAUCUGGUAUCCCCUCAAACCGGAAUUCACAGCACUGUCUAAUCUUGCGAAUCGAUGCCCUUCCAUGCAUGUGCAGAUCGGUAUCGCCGCCAUGCAUUGCGGCUACUAUGGUUUAUAUAAACGGCUCAAUCUCCGGCCCAACAUUGCCCUCAUGUAUGCGGCCGAAGACGUCCGCAGUUCCCAUUACAAGGAAGAUCUUGAAAGCCGCGCAGCAGAGCUCGGGAUUACCGAUCUCUCGAAAGAAGGCCCCCGGAUUGAACAGUCCAGCGAGAGGCAUGGAACGUUAAGCCGUGACUUGGAGCCCACGGGCCGUGGAAUCAGUACGCGCCUCCACUCGGAACACAUGUAUCCGCUGGGUGGAGGAUAUUUUCGGAGAAACUUCGCAUACGGGGGCUACUUUGAGAGAUAUGUCUGGCUCUCGUUUGAAACGAUUCGGAAGAUGGAGGUUGCAGGCUACCGUUGGGAGGAAGGUUCUGGGUUCUUAAAAAAUAGUGAUACGCAUUGGUUUCUGACGCAUGAAGUCAUAAAGGAUGAGAAUGGAAACGAGGUUAUUGACGCCAGCGAUGAGGACUAG